GUUCGAACUUCCUCGCCCCUUGGUCCGACCUCGGUGCUCGGCUCGUUAUGCCUUGAGCGCUGUCAUGGAAACGAGGCCCCGCGGCCUCCUGGCCCCGCCCCGGCAGCCCCUGCGCCCCAUCGGCGUCCAUCGGCGUCCAUCGUCACGGGUCCCAGGGCGGUCAGUCUGGGUCCAAGACGAGGGAGUCCACGGAGGCCAUGGCAUCCUACGGGGCGCGCGUGGACUGAGGGGCGCUCAGCGGAACCGUGCACGGGCCGCGGCCAUCGGCGAAGGACCUGAGUAGCAGGACUGGCUCGGGCGGGGUCCUGGGCGCCGCCCGACUUCAACGCACUGCUGGUCGCUUAGUGCUAGGGAGCAACCCUUCCUCCCGCCGGCGCGGCGCUCCACCCUGCGUGACUCUCCUGUGAAUCCAGCCUCGGGGCCCCGCAGCUGGUCCCCGGUCAUCAGUAGUUGCAAAGAGGCCUGCGAUCACGCACACGUCCCGGGAGCCAGCGCGAUGAUUCCCUGAAUGUGAGUAGCCAGGUCUGACUUGGAGACACUGAGGUCCGUGCUGCGGGGCUCGCGCUGUGGUCUGCACCUGACACACCCUCACUUCUGUGCAGCAUCAUUUGAGGAAGAAUCUCCCAAAAAGGACUUGGGCAAACUCUGGGUCCCGCAGUUGCUGCAGCUUCCUAAGUCAGCGGGGACGGGUCAGUGGGCAGCCAGCCCUAGCAGCGUCAUUUUUGCGUGGCUAUACAAUGCCUUUUCCCAAAGGACAUUGGACACUCUUGAUGAUUGGUGGCCCACACUGUGGUGUCAGAAUCGCAGUGAAAACCUGACCGAUCCCGCAGGAGUAGCUCCCAGACCCUGUCAAUGCCACAUAGUUGUCCUUGGCUGAGCUCGGGCUUGUGCAGCACUUUGAACAGUUCUGAGGUGGCUUCAGGAUGCUCAGCUCAGCUAUGUCUCAACUCAGCACACCCUCCUGAGCAUGUUGGCUUCUCCUUAAGCCAUAAGUCCUCAGGCUGCUGCCGAAGAGCCAUCCACACAACACGGUAGAGAGCAGCUGGAGCUCUUCCUAUGUGAGAGCAGCCAGAUAGGCAGGAGCUGGGCCUGGGGCAUGAGCGGCGGAGUCCCACUGGCAGAGAAAGCACUGUCUGAAAGCUACGCCCGCCUCCGCUACCGUGACACUUCCUUGCUCAUCUGGCAGCAGCAGCAGCAGAAGUUGGAAUCCUUACCACCUGGGACCUACCUGAGCAGGAGCCGAAGCAUGUGGUACUCACAGUAUGGAAACCAGGCUAUCUUAGUCCGAGAUAGAAAUAAGCUUGAGGUCUGCCGGGACACCGGUCAGUCCAAGAUUUGCAUAAUUAUGUGAUUAAACCCGUGCCCAGGUACCAAGCCUUGAGGAAAUGGUGCUUAUACCUCUCAGUUGUCACAUUGCUUUCUAAUUUUUAGUGGGAGUCCAUGAAGACACCAAGAAGCCCAUGCACUGGUACGCAGCAACUCCUGCCUGGAGUAUCCCCAAAAGCUGGUGUGGCUCAACAUCCAAUUCCAGGGUCUUGCCCAGCAAGGUCCAUGCUCCCAGUGAGUCAAGCAAGAGGAGCUACAGGGCACAUAGCCCACCCUGAGUGCUGGAGGUUGUCAGCUUCUGCCUGGUGAAGGGUGGGUGGGAUCUAGAGUAGCCAGAGGACUGUCAUACAUGUUCUCAGAUCCUUCUGCUCACACCCAGUGGCAACCCAAGCAGCCUUGGUGGCUGCAGUGGUGGCACCUUAGUGGAUGUGCUACCUUAUGGCUUCUUUACUGGCCCCCAGGCACUGGGGCAAGCAUAUCCUGCCCACCUUCCAGAACCCACAAAGUCUAAGCUCUGAAUUGCCCACAGUGAUUUCAAGCUGAGUCAUAUGGCUGCAAAGCAGGUUCCUUGUUGGCCAGCAGAGCAGCUCACUCUCCAACCCUGGCCUGCAGCUGCCCACUGUUGGGGGUUUUAACCUAUUCUAGCCUCGAUGCAUAUAGGCAGCCAAUGCCCACCUGUGUGGCCCUUUUUUCCUGGGCCAUUCUGAAAGGCUUUGCCUUUGCUGUAGUUAAAAUCCACCAGCAGCGCACAUGUGGAGUUUUGUCGAAGCUGGUUUUGCUUUUCUAAAUAAAUAUCUUUUAGGACUCCUUCCCUUUCUCUGCGCUCAUUUAUCCUGUUCAGCUUAGACCUGGCUUCCAUGUUCUUAGUAAAAUCUGAGUGCCAGAAGCCCCCAGACAUAAAUACUGCAAGACAAAUACAUAAAGCAAGGGGCUGGGGAUUUAGCUCAGCGGCAUAAGCGCCUGCCUUGCAAGCAGGCAGUCGUGAGUUCGAUCCCUGGUACCGAUAAAAAAUGAAAAAGACAAAAAAAAAAAAAAAAAAAAACCAAAUACAUAAAGCAGAGCCCCCCUUGCAGGGGAGCAGCACUGUUGGCAACGUGUGUGUGUGUGCUGGUGCUCUUCCUGGCACUGUGUCUGGGAGACAACUGCAGUGGCUCCCCUUGAAUGCAGAUCAAUUGCUGCAGCUUUGAUUAUUUGGAGACAUUUUACUAUACUGGUACGCAGAGAGCUGGCUAUGGUGGUGUUUUUUGUUUUGUUUUGUUUUGCAGUACCAGGGAUCGAACUCACGACGUUUAUGGCGUUUAUUUAAUUGGCUCUAAGCAUUGUAAAUAAGGCUAGCCAAGGUGCUGAUAUAUACUCUCUAAAGCCAACAGACAGUCUGGUUUCCUCGGUUUCCUCAUAUUGUGUUCCCUGUACAGGAUAUGAGUACAGUGGGACGUAGCUCCGGAAAUGUCAAUGGGGAAGGAGCCUCAAGGUAAAGAGGCUGUGACUUGUCACACAAGAGUUUGCAUAUCGGGGGCUGGGGAUUUAGCUCAGCGGCAUAAGCUCCUGCCUUGCAAGCAGGCAGUCGUGAGUUCGAUCCCUGGUACCGAUAAAAAUGAAAAAGACAAAAAAAAAAAAAAAAAACCAAAGAGACAGCCUCCCAAUACAAUUCAGUUGCUACCUUAGAUUAUGUAAAUUGAUCCUUAUGCCUAUCUUUAUCUGCAAUUUACAUAGGUGGCAUUCUUACAGGCCAGCCAGCUCAAGUUGCAUAAUUCUACCAUUCUCACUGUCACUCAUCCCCGAGCCAUCCCUCUUCUUCACAAGAUGAUAAAUUCUGGGAGAAGCCUAGAAUCAGAGCCUUUGUCCACAUGUCCUCAUGAGGAUUGGACUUAGAACCCGUUGACUACCCUUAAUUUGGAAUAUGUCUUGGUGUUUUUACUCUUGACGUGGGUUGGAUUGGUGGUGGUAGAUUAAAAUUAACUUGCUGAGAUUCCAA